AUGCUUGAAAUUUAUUUGUCUCUGAAGAACAAGCUUCGAUGCAAACCAAAUUCAAAACAAGUUCAUGAUCCAAAGAGAUUUAAUGAUCAGAGGACAAAAUCAGAUUUACAUGAUCAUUCAAAUAUCAUCCAAGGAAGCAGAAGGUACUUAAUAAAUUCAUCAAGUUUUUAUCGAGAAUCUGAAAGGAGCAUUAUGGAUUUUGAAGGUUCUUUUAGAACAGUAACAAGGGUAUCAACAUCUUCAAGGUUCACCUAUCCUGAUGAUGAUUAUAUCACUGAGCAUUCAGUCACUAAAGUUGAAGAAGACUCAUCUAGGAAGAUUGUAGAAAAAAUUUGUGAAAGAGGAUCAAGCUUGGUUAGUUCUGAAUUAUGGCAGAUCGACUGUAUCUUAAAAGUCCACAACAUGCCAAAAACCUUAACAUGCUUUGAAGAGUAUAGAGAAAUGGUGAAGAUUAAAGCCAACAAGCUGCAUACUAAGAAUCAUCCACGUUGUCUUGUUGAUGGAAAUGAGGUUUUAAUGUUCCAUGGCACUAACAUUGCAUGUUCUCUUGGCAUAAACAAUUCUCAUAGUUUGUGCACUUUAGAUUAUUGUGGUGUGUGUCAAAUUCUAAGGCAUGGUUUCUCUACAAACAAGGAAUUUCAAGGUGCAUUAGGGGUUUAUACAAGUUCAACAAGUGGAAAAGCCUUUGAUUCUAUUGUGGCUUAUGAUGAGAAAGAAUUUACAAGAAAAUCAGUUAUAGUUUGUAGGGUAAUAGCUGGGAGAGUUCAUUGUCCUAUUGAAGAAAUUCAAGAAAAAGUUGAGUUAGUAUUUGAUUCAUUGGUAGAAAAGAUGAGUGAUUCUUCAGAUGUUGAAGAACUUUACUUGUUGAAUUCUAAAGCUUUGCUUCCUUGCUUUGUGGUAAUCUACAAACAACAAACUGUGAAAAUGAAAAGGUUUCACUCAAGUUCAAGGAUAAGUAGCAUUUAA